UCCCUGCCCCUGUCUCUGUCACUCACAGGCAUAGGCCAGGCUGGGCAGCCAUGGUAGCCGCUGUAAUAUGUAUUCCUCUCCUGGUGGGUCUCCUGGCAGGGUUGGGAGGCACCGAAUUCCAGCAGACCACCCUAUACCCGCUUGUGGGCCGUUUCUUUGUGCACACCUUGGAUCACGCCACCUUCCUGAGCCUUCCAGAGCGUGUUGCUGUCCCACCCACCGUUCACAUCACCUACCAUGCCCACCUCCAGGGACAUCCUGACCUGCCCCGGUGGCUCCGCUAUACUCAGCGCAGCCCCUACAACCCUGGCUUCCUGUAUGGCACCGCCACCCCAGAAGAUCGGGGGCGCCAAGUCAUUGAGAUCACAGCUUACAAUCGGAACACCUUUGAUACCACUAGGCAGAGGCUGGUGCUGCUGAUUGAGGACCCAGAAGGCCCCCAGCUGCCAUACCAUGUGGAGUUCUUGGUACGCAGCCAUGAUGUGGAGGAGGUGUUGCCCUCCACACCUGCCAACCGCUUCCUAACGGCCCUGGGGGGACUCUGGGAGCCGGGGGAACUCCAACUGCUUAACAUCACUUCAGCACUGGACCGUGGGGGUCGUGUCCCUCUUCCCAUCGAAGGUCGUAAGGAAGGGGUAUAUAUCAAGGUGGGUUCUGCCUUCCCCUUCUCUACCUGCCUGAAGAUGGUGGCAUCUCCUGACAGCCAUGCCCGCUGUGCCCAUGGCCAGCCUCCACUUCUGUCUUGCUAUGACACCUUGGCACCCCACUUUCGUGUUGACUGGUGCAAUGUGUCCCUGGUGGAUAAGUCAGUGCCAGAACCCCUGGAUGAGGUGUUCACCCCAGGUGAUGGAAUCCUGGAGCAUGACCCAUUCUUCUGCCCACCCACUGAGGCUACAACCAGAGACUUCCUGACAGAUGCCCUGGUCACCCUCCUGGUGCCCCUUCUGGUGGCUCUGCUGCUCACCCUCCUGCUGGCCUACAUCAUGUGCUGCAGGAGGGAAGGAAGGUUGAAGAGAGACCUGGCCACCUCUGACAUCCAGAUGGCUCACCACUGCACCAUUCAUGGAAACACAGAGGAGCUGCGGCAGAUGGCAGCCAGCCGCGAGGUGCCCCGGCCUCUCUCCACUCUACCCAUGUUCAAUGUACGCACGGGUGAGCGGCUGCCUCCCUGUAUGGACAGCGCCCAGGUGCCUCUCAUCCUGGAUCAACAUUGAGGGCUCUGCCAGUUCCAGACCCAGCCUCUCCAUCCAGAGAACUGCUGACCCAUGGCCGCAAUCCACCAGUGGGUUCUGGCUCCUGAACCAUUCGGACCUCAGACACUGAACAAGCAGAGGGAUGGGGCGGGAGGGAUGAGGGUGUUUGGAGUCAGGACCCCAGAAUAAAUACCUGCUGCUCUCCUUAUUCAUUGCUGCCAGCGCCUUCCUCUCAGCAGCCUCCAUGCAGUUCUCACUGCCUCCAUUUCCCCUUCUGCAGAAGGGGCUGCCAGCUUGCCCUUGGACUCAUGGCAUUUUGCUAUCUUCUCAAAUUCUCUGGAAGAGGGAAGAGCCUGCUGUAUGCAGCCCUCACAUGAACCUGACAGUGAGGGAUGACUAGAUCCUCAUCCCGACUUUAUAGACAAGGAAACAGGCCUAUGGAGAGUAAGCAACUACCCAAGGUACAGAGCAAGUGGGUGCAGAGCUUGGACUGGAGCCUGACAUGCCUACCUCACACUGCCUUCUGGAGAGUUAGAGGUUCACAAGGUAGAGGACCCAGGACCUUACCUGCUGAGAUCCUCUGGAGAGUGAGUCCCUUUGUAUGCCAUGUUGGCAGAGAAGCCAAUCUAGAACUGGAGAGAGGUUAGAAGGCCUGAGUAAACACUCGCUUACCUCCUGGAGGCUCCUCCAAAGACAGGGCAGAGAUCCAGAGGAUCUGCCUGCCUAAGGAGUUUGUUGAACUGAGUGUCGCCAGCGUGGCUUGUCCCCAUGUGCCCCGGAGAGCUCAGCACUGCCAGAGGUUGUUUUGCCAGGUGAUUACACCAAAGUUGGCUGGCUUUGCCCCUGCUCACUGCCCUCUGAGUCACAUGCAGUCCACAUAUUACCACUCCUGCAUGGGACAGGUGGAGACUAAGCCUGAGAGAGGAUUCUAUGGAAGAGGGAUAGCAGAGGACACGUGGCCCAGAUGGCAUCUCCAAGAGAAUCCAAACUAGGGAUCUUCACCCUCUUCACUCCUUUUUUCCUUUGCUGGGAGCCGACAGUUCCCCAAAUCCACACAACUUCCCCCUUUUUGCAGUUUUGUCUAUGCCCUAACAGGACAUCCUCACAGAGGCCUUCCCUGGCCCCAUGACCUCCAAUGCCACUUCAAAGCCCUCCUUGCUCUCCUCCUUGCUGUCCAGGCUCAGGCGUUCCAAGUCCUCUUCCCACAGUGGAAAGCAAGAUUCUGUCUGCGUUGGAAGGCGCAGCGCCUGCACACGUAAGGUGCUGGGGAAAGCUAUUCCGGAGAGACGCCUGAAGGAUUGACUGCUGUCUGUCUGGGUUUACUAAGUUUGUUAAGCAGAUUGCUUUUCCUCUCUGGGCAAAAGGCUGAGCAAGGCCAUUGCCGAAGCAAUGCUCUAUACUAGCUUCUGGUGCUCUCCUGUGCUGGGUGCUUCAUAGCUGUUAGCUAGUUAGUUAAUGCAUUGAGUCCAUAAGCAUAUAUUGAGUUGGCAGAAGCACAGUGCUGACAUGGACAGGUAUUAAGGAAAUGUCUCUUUAGUGCCCAGCCCCUAACCAAACAGGCUUUUUGCUGACAAACAGACAGGUGUCGCUGAUUUCUCAUUCACUGUUUCUUCUUUUCUCCUGGGGUCCAUCAACUGCUCAGAUUGGAGGCUAGAGCAGUCAGCCUGCUGCCUGGCUGGCUGCCCUGGGUCCCUGGCCCCUUGAGGAGGGGCCCGCUGGCGCCCUCAUCUCUGUCCCUCUUCAGGCAACCUUAGUCUCCUGCUGGCUCUUCCUGUGCUGGCCUGUGACGGGAGAGUACAAGGCCACUUCUUCCUUCCCUCUGCUUCUCCGCCUUGCUUUGGAUCCUUGGCAGUGCUUUCCUCCCUGCUCAGCUCCAAGGAGCACACAGGAGCCUGGCUGCCUGCCUGAGAGGAAGUGGCCCAGACAAGUAGCUGGGAGGGUGGUGUGACUUCAGAGAACACAGAGCUGUGCCUGGUCAUACACACUCGAAUGCCCAGCUGCCCAGCCGCAUACAGGGAGAACACAGACAAACUUAUUCCCCUAGGAAACAACCCCAACAGUUACUCCCUGCUCCCCACAAUCCCUGACAAAGGUUAUGGUGUCCUGAAACCCUACCUCUACCCCAAUUCAACCCUGAUCCCCUCCAGUCCCAUUGAUGGCCUUGCCCUGGUGGCCUGAUGUAUAGCUUCCACCUUCAUCCUAAACACAGCUCUCAUGUGUGGCCUGACUCUCCAGACACUUCCUCACCACCUUCAAUUGGUCAGACCUGGGGACACAGGGCACCACUUCCAGCUGGUCUCAGUUCCAGAGGCAGACUUGCCCAGAUGAAACUUGAAUCAUGGUUCUUAUGUUAUCAGGGUUGCCUGAACCAGUUGAGAGUUGGUUUGGCAUAAAGCGAUAGUCAUCCCUGCCUUGGGGUUGUGGUGAGAAUUUGUGAAGGCUGGGCAUGCCAGCCUCUCCCAGGAAUAGGAACACAAGCACUUAUACACAAGCACUCGCAUGAACUCCCCAAGGUGAGAGGUUCAUGGGGUCUCCCUGCCCCCAAGAUCCAGACUAGAUGGAUUCCAUUUCCAUUGAAGUCUUAGGAACAGUUCAAUUUCUCUGUGUGAAUUUAGGGUGCAGGCUCAAGUUCGCAUGCUCUUUGGCAUAGCUGUGCUACAUAAAUGUUCAGCAGGCAGCCCCUGGUCACAUGGGACCAUCAAGAACCUGAAAUGCAGCUGGUCCAAAUCAAGAUU